CGCCUAUCUGGUAGAAGCCUAAACUCAACUUCUUCCUAAAAUCUGACUUCUAACCCUAGCGGAAUCCCUCAGGGACUGGCAACGCUCUUCAAUGGCGUCCCGCUGCCGCGUCCUGUCCAGACCAGCCUUCAAUCUAAUCAAAUCUGCAAUCUCCAAACCCGCACUGAAACCCUCCAAUCCUUCACUUGGCGCCGCCAGUCCAUUUCCCCCGCUCCACAGACCAUUGUCUCACAUUGCUGCUCUCCAGUCCUUGCUGCCGCUCUACUCAGCCGUCUCUUCUGCUCGGCUCACCUCUUGCCUCAGCCUUGACUCUAAGGGCUCCCGCUCUUUGUCUCAGGAGUUAGGUCUCUCUGUUCCCCGAUGAAAGAUGGAUGUCAAAGGUCGAUGAUAUGGUUAGCCAUGGCAUCUUACCCCACAUGAAAGUUGGCUUCAUAUGCUUCCAGUUUUUUAUUUAUUUAUUUAUAACUUUUUUGAAUGAAAAAAAAAGUAUAAUUCAUACACUACUCUUUUUAUCCAUUUCUAUGAACUUGGGCAUGCUUCUGCUGAAAUUCUUUUUAUGUCAGGAAUUUUACUGCCCAUUAGCCCCAUUUGUGGAUUUCCCUUUAGAUUUUUGGAUGCCACAAUGGAUGUGAAUGGCCAAUGAAUUGGGAAUAUGUCCUUUGCUAAAAAAGAUACUAUGUUGUCAUGUUGGUGUCCUUAUCUUUAUGGAAUGUGAAAUGCCAUGUGAGGAAGUGGGAUGGUUGAUGGUGUUGUGUCUCUGUGUCUCCUAUCCUUUUGCAAGGUUUUUUGGUCCCUGCAUUCUUGUCACCAUUCCAUAAAUAUCCCCAUAAAAUUAUAAGGUAGACUUGGUCCAUACUACUCAUUCAUUCACAUUUGGUUAUCUUUUGUGAUUUUUAUACUCCAUAAAGAAAAAUACUACUAUCGU